AGUCUGAAAAUAUUGAAAGAUUUGCAGAGAAGUAAUGUUCAGGAGAAAGAAGAUAAAAGGAGGAAGGAUGUUAUAUUGUAGUAGGAAGCUCGGUACUGAGAAACAGAAGAAAAUUUCCCUCUCUCAGUGUAUAUAUAAGAUGGAGAGCAGCUCACUCAUCCAGCACUCGACUCCUGUCUCCUGGAUCUCGAACUCUCACUCCGGUCCGUCUCUGUGUGAAAUCAGACUUUCUGCUAGAAUGAGGAACCUGACGGCUCUGCUGUUUCUGCUGUCGCUCUGCUCUCUUCAUCUGGUGUCUAGCGCUCCCGGCAGUACGGACUUCAGGAUUACCUGCUGUGCAAAAACAACUAAAGUAAAGAUCCCUUUGACGAUCAUUGUGACCUACUGGUGGACCAGCAGCAACUGCCCCAUAAAGGCCAUUGUCUUUAAGACUCUAAAUGAGAGACAGCUGUGUGUGGAUCCUACAGCUGUUUGGGUCAACCAUCACAUGAAAGCAGUGGAUCUUAGAAACAGCACCACUGUAACAGCAAAACCCUGAUUCUCAGCGUUAGAUGGGUUUUCAACACCGAAGACCAACAUAAUAUACUGACCAAAUUUUGUAAAUACUCAUACAAUAGACAUUACAGCAUAUUCUCACCUCUGAGUCUCAGUGUGACAGCACCGCCUGGUGUUUUUAAGAGUUCAGUAUUACUGUCCGUUCCGUGUUCAUGUUUGUUCCAAAUUAACGAAUCAGUAAAAUGAAAUGAAAUGGUGUUACGCAUAUGUAACAUAUAACUGUCUAUAAUAAAUACAGUAUGCAGAAUUUCUUAUGGUUUCCUGAGAGUCAUUGCUUUAUAAUUCUAUUAUUGCAAUUGUUUUAUAAUUGUAAAUAAUGACAUAAUUACAGUCAGAGCCCUUCAGAGGACAUUUGAGACAUUAUUAC